GUCGAACCGGAUGUCUCACUUCACCUCUACCUUAGUUACUUACUUGGUACCUCACAACACCAACACAGUUCCGCAACCUCUGCGAGCUUCUGCGAGCAAAUGUCAUCUACCACCGCGGAACCAGACCCGGCCAUGAAAAGCCGCGCCGCCCUCGUCGACUUCUUUUCCCGGAGCUUGACGGCGUUUCAAUCUUCAAAGGAUGCGUUUCGCGUCGUUUGUACGUUGUCUCCCCGAGGAGGGGGGAGUAGUGGUGACACAGCCACGAUACCGGCGCCGGGGAGGCCAGGGGGUGGGGACAAGAGGCUGGUGAAGAGUCUUAUUGUGUUGGAUUCUUCGUUUAAUCCGCCUACGAUGGCGCACUUGCGGAUGGCGGCGUCUGCGAUUCGGGAUUUGCAGAGGACGACGACUACGAUGACGAGGAGUGGGAGUAGUGGUCUGGCAUCCGGGGCGGUUGAGGACCGGGCUCAGGGAGGAUCUGUGAGGUUAUUGCUUCUCCUGGCUGUGAAUAACGCGGAUAAGAAACCUAAGCCUGCGGCGUUUGAGGUGCGGUUGGGGAUGAUGUAUGCGUUUGCUGCGGAUUUGAGGGAUGAAUUGAAAAGGACGGGCGUGGAGGAGGCGUCGUCAAGAGAAUCGAUGAAGGGGGCAGAGACGUUACAGGAGGAGGAGGAGGAAGUUGAGGUCGACUUGGGGUUGACGACGAUGCCGUACUUUCACGAUAAGAGCCAGGCUAUUUCGGACACGGGGUUUUAUGCCCAAGGAGGCGAAGGAGAGCCGGAGCAGGUGUAUUUGGCGGGAUAUGAUACGCUUAUCCGGAUCUGUAACCCAAAGUACUACAGCGCUCCGUCUUCAGCGGAAGGGGCAGCAGCAGAAGCCGUGGCGCCGAUACGUAGCGCACUAGAUCCGUUUCUGAAUAGGUCCAAGUUGCGUAUCACGAUGAGGACGGAUGAUGAAUGGGGUGGUGAGGGGGAACAGGUUGCGUAUCUCCAGAGUUUGAGGGACGGAGGGCUGGAGGGGGUCGGUGGGCGAGGGAGGUGGGCGGAGAGGGUUGAGAUGGUUCGGGGGAGGGAGGUGGGUGAGGAGGUUGUUAGUAGUACCAAGGUCCGGGAGGCUGCUUCUGCUGGGGAUGAUGAGGUUUUGGGGAGGUUGGCGCUGCCUUUGACCGCCAAACAACUUGUCGCAGCAUCAAAUCCGCAUCUUUACCAUCUUGAACCCGCUCUUUCCAUCUUCACGAUGCAGAUUUUUACACCCCUCCAGCCCCGUAUUCGACCUACUCUUGGUUCCCUAAAGGAGCUACAGAUCCCACCCUGGUUGAUGAUUGAUAUCCUCGACACCCUAGAGUGA